AUGGCCACGGCCGCCUUCCUCGCCAAGGUCCGCGCCGCGGGCGGCUGGGACAAGUACGUCCACGAACCGCGCGCGGACCUUCUCGCGCUCCGCCAGCAGCUCCCCUCGCUCCGCGAGCGCGGCCGCGCGUCCCCGUCGACCGUGCGCGCGCACGAGCGCCUCUUCCUGAACACGUCCCUGCCCGACGAGAUGGCCCCGUCGUCGAACUGGAACGUGCGCUGCACGCUGGCCUUUUACCCGGCGCUGACGAUCUGCACGAGCCUCGCGACGUCGGCGCCGCUGGCGGCCUACAUCCUGCUGCGCACGGGCAGCAACGUCAAGGUCGGGCUGGCCGUGGGCGCCCAGGGCGUCGCGAACCUGCUGGCGGCGUUCCCGGCCGCGUGGCUCGGGGACCGCUGGUCGCGGCCGAUGGUCAUCCGCGUCGCCGCGGCGCUCGGCGUCGGCGGCAUGUCGGCGCUCGGCGCGAGCGUGCUGUCGCCGGGGCUGGAGCGGCACGCGCGCGUCCAGUACGGCGCCAUCUGCGGCGCGCUCUUGAUUUUGGGCCUCUUCAUGGGCGGCCACUCGUCGUCCGUCGAGGCGCUCUUCGGCGACAGCGUCGAGUCCGGCCGGCGGUCCGCGCUCUACGCGCGCAAGUCCGCGCUCAAGGUCCUGGGCAACGCCGCGGGGCCGCUGGUCUCCAUCGCCGUCUUCGCGUCCCUGGGCGACGAGUGGCGGAAGGGCGAGCUGGAGGUCGUCAUCGCGUGCGGGUGCUGCUUCUUCGUCUUACCGGCCGCGCUCGCGUGCAGCCUCGGCGAGGCGCACACGCUCGGCGGGUCGCUGAGCGAGUCGCUGCUGAGCGGCGGCGGCCGCGAGAGCGAGAGCGCGCCGCGGAAGACGGACCGGGCGACGGAGGUGCGCAUCGCGGCCACGGUCUGCGCGGCGGACGUCGUGUCGAUGCUCGGCAGCGGCAUGACGAUCAAGUUCUUCCCGCUCUUCUUCUGGAAGGAGGUCGGGUUGACGCCCAUCCAGGUGCAGGUCAUCUACGUGUUGGCGCCGUCGGGCAUCGCCGCCUGCUCGCUCGUGGCGCAGCGCGCGUCGCGGCGCUUCGGGCGGGUGCAGACGACGGUCGCGACGAAGCUCGCGGGCAUCUCGCUGCUCGUCGCGAUGAGCCGCGUCGGCGCCGGCGUCGGCGACGGGCCCACGGUCGUCGUCCUGUACCUGCUGCGCACGUGGCUCAUGAACUGCUGCAUGGGCCUCACGCGGUCCGUGCUCAACGACUACGAGCGGGCGCGGUGGAACGCGGCCGAGUCCAUCAACCUGUUCUCGUGGAGCGGGUCCGCGGCGCUGGGCGGGUACCUCAUCGACCGCCACGGCUACCGCGUCACCUUCCUCGUCACGGCGGCGAUCCAGUUCGUCGCGGCGCUCAUCUUGGCGUCCAUCGCGCUCCUCGUGCGGAGCGAGCGGCCGCGCGCGGCCGCGACGUCGCCCGACGACGACGGCGACGAGACCGCGUCGCGGACGUCGAGCGGCGGCUACAGCCUCCUGGAUUUUGACGACACGCUCCGCCUCGACACGCCGCCCCACGAGAUGACCGACGCGCAGAUCGACGAGCUCCUCUCGGCGACGACGAACCUCGUCACGCCCACGAAGCUCCGGCCCGUGUCCGAGGGCGACGAGACCGGCGAGGAGGCGCCGCCGCCGGGGACCCAGUACACGACGCUCUAG